GGAGAAAGUCUACACCUACUCUCCAUACUUCUACCACCUACCACCUUACUCCCACCAUAAUUCAAUCAAUACUACUCAUCCCAUAUAUCCUCACUCACCUCGACCACGACCACGACCACAACCACAACCAUGUCCGCCCACAACGAACCCCAACAUACACAAACACCUACCCCCAGCCUCCACCUCCACACCACCUUCGCUCUCCCUCCGCCAUCCUCCUCGCAAAACCACCACUACAGCCACACCCACACCCAGAAAUCCGCUCCCAAAAGAACCACCACCACCACCCUCCUCACCCCCUCCACCUCGCCCACCAUCUCCCCGCUCAGCUCCACAACCACCAGUCCAACCUCCUCCCCCAUCUCCAACCCGGAAUCCAUCUCCUCCACCUCCUCCGCCUCGCUAUAUUCGACGGCCUCCCCGCCCCCAUUCGCCUUCCACCGCUUACAUUUCCCUUCCUCGGGGGCCACCACCACCACCACCACCAAGCCGCAACACAAAUACAACCCCCACCCACCCACCAAACAACGAGAUCUCACCACCCCACCCCUCAGUCCACAUUUAGUCCCCUUCACCCCGGCGCCGAGGACGCCUACCACGCAGUCGCAGUCGCAGACGCAGACGCAGUCACAGCACCAGCACCAGCACCAGCACCAGCACCAGCACCAGCACCAGCACCAGCAGGACCAGGACCAGCACCAGGUCCGAGUCCUCCCACCCCUCUCCCUCCUCUCCCUCUCCCCCUCACUCUCCCGAUCGUCAUCGCCCUCGCCCUCGCCCUCGCCUUCCCUAACACUGGGACCGGGACUGGGACUGGGACUGAAUCCGCAGCCUCACACUCCUCGACCACUACAGCUGCAGUCGCAGCACCACCACCAACUCAGACCCAGAAACCUCUCGAAAGGGAUCGAGGAGGUUUUGGCGGGGUGAAUUUGCUUCCUUCUUUCGCAAACUCUUUCUUGGGGGUUUGGGGGUUUGGGGACAGACUCCUACCGAUGGAUCAAUACCGCCAAAGGGAUUGAGGGUUGAGGGUUGGGUUGUGUCGUUUACAACUAAAUGCGGCUUGUGUGA